AUGCGUAUCAUCCAAUUAUCCAGCGCACCUCCUAUCCCUCCUCCUCCUCCUCCUCAUACUGCCCCACUCAAAUCAGCUCUUUCUACUUCCAACUCGACCUAUUCCCCUCGAAAUACACCUACGUCCACAACCAAGGAAGAAGAUCGAAAAUCGUUAACGUACUUCACCAUCCGUCCGACGGGAUUUGAGAAGGGUCCGAAAGCGGUGGCGAUCAACCUCAACGAUAUCGGAGGUACCAAUGUUACCAGUAUUGGGACGAGGGACGAGGUGAGUGAUGGGUUGGUGCAAGUGGCGGAAAGUGCUGGAGGAAAUGAAUGGUUGGGUGUAGAUGGACCUAGCGUAUAUGUUGGGAUAUUACAAACCUGUUCAAAAUCCGAUCAGGGGCCUGAAAUGAACUGCACUUCUUCUUCUCAAGCUGAUUAUCAUUCAUCAUUCCUUCCCUUACCUCUUCGCUCCACUCUUCUCUCGGUACCUCUCUCACCACCUACACCCAUCCUCUUACUAAUCUCAGCCAUACUACUGUUCCUGGCUACCGCUGUAUUCGUAGCUGGUCUAAUCCCUUGGAAAUGCUCAGUGUCUUUCAACUUUUUACAUCGUAAACCACCGUUACCUGCUGAUUCACAAUGGUCACGCGUCCGUGCACCAUAUCAAAGAGCCAAUGCUCAUACUGACUCUUCUGAAGAUCUCGUGCAGUCUAUCAGAUUUAGAGACAACAGUAAAGGGACGAUGACCAAGAGGAAAGAACCACAUUUAGCUUUUUUCACUUUGAUCUUCAUAGCUUUGGGCAUGACUGCCGGAGGAUUAGUACAGUUACGUAUUGUCAGACAAGCUCAGGAUAGAUGGGACAGUCAGGAAGGAAUGGAGGUGGGAAUGAUCUGGGAGUUGGGAGCGUUGACUUAUCUAUUACCAAUCUUACCGAUAUGUCUCAUCCUCGUGUUACUCCUAGCGGCUUCACCGUGUAUUUACUCUUACCUCAAAGAUACUUUCCAUACUUGUCCUGCAGAUCACGCCCAUGAUGUUGACUGUUCAACUCCAGACUCAAAGGCAGAUACUCGUAAUGGUGAAACGGUAGGUGAAGUGGGUAAAAGAUGGGAUCAAACGCCUAUUGUCAAUCCUUCGCCUGUAUAUAUACCUGAGACAUACGAUUUACCGCAGAUCAGAAUGGAAAGUAAGAGAAGUACGAUGGAAUCUGUUGGUAAGGCAUUGUAA